AUGAACUCGUCAGCAGUGGCCGCGGGCAGCAUCGCGUACACAGUGGCAUUGGCAGAAUGGCUCAAGGAACGGGGAAGGACAGGGACGGACGAUGGACAACCCAAAGCGAUGGGCACGCCGUACUCCAGCAGGGUGUUUGUCAUGGUGGUGAGCCAGGCCGUCCAUGCGGCCACCAGGAAGCAUGAUGGCAAACUCACACCGUUAGCCAUGGCCAAAAUCCACCAUGCUGGAUUGGCGGUGAAGGCGAAGGCGAUGGUGGCCAUGGCAUUUCUGUGGAUGAAGCUGACACUGUACUCCACCGCCUUGCUGGUAUUCAUCAUCAGCAUUGAGAGAGCUCCUGGGGAGAUCAGAGCAGCGUGGAUGGUGGUCGACCGCGCUAUGGAGAAGUACCAAAUCCGGGUGGAGGAGAAGCGACAAAUCUGGGAAGCCAAGAGAGCUGCCCAAAUGUACCAGCACUGGGUCGAGCUUGGGGAGAUUUGA